UAUGAUGCUCCAACCUCUCCAAGCUCUCCAACAAAUUGCCAUUCGGUGCAUUCGGUUGUGCUGUCAUGUUGUAGAGCGGUAUAUAUGCGUAUUCAUAAUUGUAAUGGAUGUAGUGGAUCUGUUGAAGGAUGAGAUCUUGAAUUUGAGGAAGAAAUUGAUGGAGAAGGAAGCUGUGCUAAGACAACAUCAGACUCAGAUGUAUGAGAAAGCUGAAGAGAAAGGACUGUACAAGAAAUUAACAAAUGUAGAAAUUGACAGAUAUAGUAGGCAGAUUAUUAUGCCAGAAAUUGGAAUGAAAGGUCAGCAGGCCUUGAAAAAUUCAUCAGUUUUGGUAGUGGGAGCUGGAGGGCUGGGCUGUCCAUCAGCCUUGUACUUGACGGGGGCAGGAGUAGGUCAUAUUGGAAUAGUUGACUAUGAUAAGGUGAAACUGAACAACCUGCAUCGCCAGUUACUUCAUCCUGAAACCAGUACAGGCCAACCCAAGGUGUUGUCUGCAUUUAACUCCCUCAAGAGAUUGAACAGUUUUGUUCACAUUACUCCAUAUGACAUGCAGCUGGAUAGCACAAAUGCAUUGGAUGCAAUAAGGGACUAUGAUGUAGUAGUAGACGCGACAGAUAAUGUGGCAACUAGGUACUUGCUCAAUGAUGCAUGUGUGCUGACAGAUCGCCCCCUUGUCUCUGGAAGUGCCCUGCAGCUGGAAGGCCAGCUGACAGUGUACAAUUACAACAAUGGACCAUGCUAUCGUUGCUUGUUUCCUGUUCCACCUCCACCUGAAACUGUCACAAAUUGUGGUGAUGGAGGAGUUCUGGGUGCAGUUCCAGGUGUUAUAGGAGUGCUGCAGGCUCUUGAGACUCUGAAGAUAUUGUUAGGGCACCAAGGAGUUGUGACCAAAAAGCUGUUGUUGUUUGAUGCAUCUGAUUGCUCAUUCCGUAAUGUUCGUCUCCGUGACAGGAAUCCAUCCUGUGCCAUCUGUGGUAAUGAGCCGUCUAUAACAGCCCUGGUGGACUAUGAGCAGUUUUGUGGUUCAAAAGCUAAUGACAAACAUAAUAGCAUUCAUCUUCUUGAUAACGUGGACAGAAUUUCGACAGGUACAUAUCACGAUGUCCGCAGUGAACCGCACAUCCUGAUUGAUGUAAGAUCACCUCUCGAGUUUGAAAUUUGCCACUUACCAGGCUCAUUGAAUGUGCCAUUGAAAGAUUUGGCCUCAGAACAACUUGUACAGCCGUUAAAAGAAGUCAUUACAAAGAAAGGCUCCAGUGAUAAAGACUUUCCAGUCUUUGUUGUGUGUCGCCGUGGUAAUGAUUCUCAGAAGGGAGUUUUGGCACUACGGGAAACAUUAAGUGGACUUAAUGUUUCUGUGAAAGAUAUUAUUGGUGGUCUUCACAGCUGGGCGAAGGAUAUAGACCCUUCAUUUCCUGUCUACUAACAUUGGUUUUGUAUUGGUGUGCUGGAUGUUGGCAAGAGGUGGCAGUCUGUGCUGAGAUGUUAUAAGCAGGGCCAGUGAGCUGUUGCAGUCGGUUGGUGAGUUAGUGAGUGACUUGUAGGACUGCUGUACAUCAGUUGCUGUUAGAAGCUUCUAGCUGUGGCUGGGGACAGUUCAGGAACCCAAAGGAAGGGGAAUAUGCUGUUGGAAGCUGCUACCAAGCAACAGCAGUGAAGAAAUGACUGUGGACACUAGUGUGUGUAACAAUAAACUCUAAAUUGUAGUCAUGCGCCGUAUCAAAGAGUCUAACAAAUCUGGCCAUCAAUCCAAAACCCCGUCUAGAAACUCCACAUGCACAUGCUGUUUCCAUUUCUGAAAGUCUGCUUCAGGGAAGGGGGGGAAAACAGCAACUUUCGAGAUUGUCUAACAUAAGAGAAAUUCUAUAUAUGCCAUUAGUGUUGACAGUUCAGAGGUACUUCUUGUGAGGGCAUCCAUGAUAGUUUCCAUAGCUGUAAUUUAAACCUACCUACCUACCGACUGACUGACCCACCCACCUAUCUAUCUGUGGCCUUACAGCCCUUGUUGGACCUUGGCCGCUUUUACAGUUUCUUCAUCCUAGACACAGUUGGUAGGACUUUGGAUCGGUGGA